CUGACUUCCGGGGGUCGUUUCCGGUGAGGCCUUUGGCAACGGUCGAGCGGCAAGAUGAGCGUCUUCUCGCGCCUCAGGAACGGAAUCCCACCGUCGCGAGACGACUGCCAGUCUCCCUAUGAGCGAUUGAGUCAACGCAUGUUGGACAUUUCCGGGGACCGAGGUGUGCUGAAGGACAUCAUCCGAGAGGGCGCUGGCGAUCCCGUGACCCCGGACGCUUCUGUGCUGGUGAAAUAUUCUGGAUACCUGGAGCACAUGGACAAGCCUUUUGAUUCUAAUUGCUUUAGGAAAACACCUCGGCUGAUGAAACUUGGAGAAGAUAUUACACUCUGGGGCAUGGAGCUGGGCCUUCUAAGCAUGCGCAGAGGGGAACUGGCCAGGUUCCUGUUCAAGCCAACCUAUGCUUAUGGCACCCUGGGGUGCCCUCCCCUCAUCCCACCAAAUGCCACUGUCCUGUUUGAAAUCGAGCUGAUUGACUUCCUGGACUCUGCUGAGUCAGACAAGUUCUGUGCACUCUCAGCUGAGCAGCAAGAACAGUUUCCACUCCAGAAAGUCCUCAAGGUAGCAGCAACUGAGAGGGAGUUUGGCAACUACCUUUUCCGCCAGAAUCGCUUCUGUGAUGCCAAAGUGAGAUACAAGCGGGCCUUGCUGCUGCUCCAUCGACGAUUGGCCAUCUGUGAGGAGCAGCACUUGGUAGAACCUGCUGAGCUUCUAGUCCUCCUUAACUUGUCCUUUGUGUACCUGAAGCUAGACCGACCUGCCAUGGCCCUGCGCUAUGGGGAGCAGGCUCUGCUCAUUGACAAAAGGAAUGCCAAGGCCCUCUUCAGGUGUGGACAGGCUUGCCUCCUCCUAACCGAGUAUGAGCAGGCUCGGGAUUUUCUAGUGCGAGCUCAGAAGGAGCAGCCCUGCAACCAUGACAUCAAUAAUGAGCUGAAGAAGCUGUCCAGCCAUUACAGGGACUAUGUGGACAGAGAGAGAGAGAUGUGUCACCGGAUGUUUGCUCCAUGUGGAAGCGGCUCUUCAGUGGGAGGAAACUGAAGGUACUCAGAGGGCUGGGCAUUCAUGAAAAGACUCAGGGUUCUAUCCACUAGGGAAAAGAUGGUUCUCCUCAGCAAGGCUUGGUGACCAGUGGCUCUUGCCACUGAGAACAGCAUAGGACAAAACACACUGUGGGAGCUUUCCCACAGAGUAGGUCACUGAAGGAGCACUUAAAGGUUACAUUCAUGUUUGGGAGGUCUCAAGCUCUCCAUUCAAAAGACCUUUUCAUGGUUUGUGAAAUUAAACCCUUC